AUGUCGCGUCGUUCCAAUGCUUCUGAUUCGAAUAAUUCUAUGGCGAAAUGCGAUGACUCGUUCAACGAUUCUGUUCAUCUGAAUGACCUCUGGUUUUACGGACCUCCAAAAAAGAGGCAGAUGCUGUCGCCUCGUGAUUCACAAGGCGAUGUGGUUCUACCUUCGGUGAGUGUCCUUGGUUCGAAGGUCAAGCUUGCUCAUCUCAAUACUCUUGAAAAUAUGCUCUCACUAAUGGCUGAAGUCGAGGUUAGUACAACAGUUUCGGAAAAGAAAAGAAAAUUUUGCGCGGGCACCCGGUUCUCACAGUCCAUGGUGGAGUAA